UUCAGAAGCCUGAUGGAUCAUGAAGUCAAUGUAACGUAUAUAACUUUCGAUGGACAUGUGGAAGUGCAGAAAUACAGAUAUGUGUAUUUUGUGGUCAUGGUUACAUUAUAUAUUAUAAUAAUCUGCUGGAAUUCCACCAUUGUUUAUCUUAUUGUGAUUCAUGAAAACCUCCAUGAGCCGAUGUACAUCUUCAUUGCAGCUUUGUUAAUCAACUCUAUACUUUACAGCACAACAAUCUACCCCAAGCUUUUGAUCGACUUCUUAUCUGAAGAACAGAUCACGACUUUCCCACGAUGUCUCUUUCAAUGUGCUGUGUAUUACACUCUGACCACUUCAGAGUUUCUAUUGUUGUCUGCCAUGGCUUAUGACAGAUAUGUGUCCAUAUGUAAACCUCUGCAAUAUCCAACCAUCAUGAGGAAGACAACUGUAAAAGUCUUUCUCUUCACAGCUUGGUUUGUUCCUGUUUGUGAACUUGGAGUAUCAGUUGUAUUGUAUAUGAAUGUAAAGAUCUGUCACAACAGUCUGAAAGGCAUCUUCUGCAACACGUCCAUUUUCACACUUCAAUGUGUGCCCUCAGUGGCUCUGUCCAUUUAUGGCGUGUUUCUGUUGCUGAAUAUUUGUUUUCUCCCGAUGCUCUUCAUACUUUUUACUUACAUUAGGAUACUCAUCGUAACUUACAGAAGGUUUAAAACAACGAGGACAAAAGCUCUACAGACCUGUUUACCUCACCUGCUGGUUCUUAUCAACCUUUCCUGUUUUGUUGCGUAUGACGUCAUUGUAGUUCGACUGGAAUCAGAUAUACCGAAACUUGCCCGUUUAAUAUUGACAUUAAAAAUAAUGGUGUAUCAUCCUCUUCUUAAUCCAUUCAUAUACGGACUGAAAAUGAAAAAAAUCUCCAAACACCUCAAACAUUUGUGGUUCCAGGUUGAAUCACUUGUAUUGAUUCAGUUCCUAAAGCAGGGUGAUGACGGCCCUCCCACCAUCAUCCCCAUACCUAAGAAACCAUCCAUCACCUGUUUCAAUGACUACCGCCCUGUAGCACUGACCUCCACCAUCAUGAAGUGCUUCGAGCAGCUGGUCAAAACCCACAUCUGCUCGACCCUUCCGAACACCCUUGACCCCCUGCAGUUUGCAUACCGUACAAACAGGUCCAGGGAUGAUGCUAUCGCCCUCACAACACACCCCACCCUCUCCCACCUGGAGAAGGGUAACACAUAUGUGAGGAUGCUGUUCGUGGAUUACAGCUCAGCGUUCAACACGAUUGUGCCUGCCAAGCUCGUCCCUAAACUCAGGAGCCUGGGUCUUAAAACCCCCCUGUGUGAGUGGAUCUUGGACUUCCUGACGAGCAGACCCCAAAGAAGUUUGGCAUGUCUGCAAAAACUUUAA